UCUUCAUCACACCAGAGAUAUAAAAACACAGUUAAGAUGGACAUUUGGUCUCCGACGCUGCACCUUGCCACGUGGACGGCGAUGAGCCUCCUCUCUGUGUUCUCUCAUGAGGUGACGGUGGGGGAAUCUGACCUGAAGCUGUGUGAGGACGACAAGCGAGAGUGUGUCACUGAACUCAGACACUGUGGCCCUCGAUCAGCUUCAUCUAUACAGAAGACCCUGAACAUGUCCUGUUGCUACCACAUAUACCCCAGCUCCAUGACAUGUGAGUGGAGUCAGGAGUCAAACAGCCACUCUGAGUCUGACGUCGCUCUCGUCUUCAGCAGAAAAUAUCAAAUCAUCUCCUGUCAGGGAAUCUUCAUCUCGGCAUCCGUCCUCAAUAUAACAGCCAGGAUAAAAAAUUACAAGAUGAAGGAGGAGAUCUGGUCCCAACCUCACACUGUGGCUCUUUAUGACGCAAUCAAACCCUCUCCACCUGUAUUAACUGCACUUGGCUCCACGGAGGACUCUAUCCUUGUGUCUUGGAGAAGAAGCAGGAACAACAGCUGUCGGCUUCGCUACAAAAUCAGUAAUACUCACAUAUGGACCCAGGCUCUAGUCUCUAUACAAAGAGAUCAGACAUUGAACUACACGAUCAAACAUCUCCUGGCGUUUACCGUCUACAGAGUCUCUGUGGCCUGCAGACAGGAGUCCGGCUUCUGGAGUGACUGGAGCUCUGACAUCAGCGCGAGGACGCUGGACAGGGUGCCCUCCAGGCCUCCAGAGGUGUGUUACAGAGUGGAGGAAACAGACCCUGGUGGAUCCUUUCUUCUUCAUCUUAUGUGGAAGGAUCUUAACCUCUGUGAUGCUGGAGGUCGUAUCCUUGGAUACCAAGUGAGCUACAAGCCAGUGAAGAACCCGCAGGUGCAGGACAGAUUAAUUCAAAACGUCACAGAGGUGACGGCGCACCUGGUGGUGCCUCCUGGGAACCUCAGUGUCACAGUUACAGCCUUCAACAUGGCCGGCUACGGACCUGCUGCACAUCUCAGCAUUGACACACAAAGACAGCACACUCUCCUGCCAGUCAGCAAAUUGUGGGUUUCCACUUCUUUGCCGGCUAUGAAAGGCCUUCUGGUCCAAUGGGAGACCCCAAUAGUCCCGCCCUCUGGCUCGCCUGUCAGUCAUCAUGCUGUUCAUUGGCGCGCCGAGACUCAUCCAUCUACCAGUCACUGGACCACAGUGGACGGCUUCACCACCUCCACUGUCAUACAAGAUGUUGACCCUGAUGAGUCCUACCUGAUCAGUGUGUUCCCUGUCUAUAAGCAACAGUGUGGACCUCCUCAAUCGCUGCCUGCCAGUCUGCAGCAGGGAGCUCUGAUGGAGGCGGUCCAACUGAAGGUGGUGGGCGUGACCAAGACGACAGUGAAAGUGGUUUGUGUGUGGCAAAGGAAGGCUGGACCAAUCAGAGUGAACCGAUACACAGUGAGGCUGAAGAAAGACUCGGGGGGGCAAACUCUGUCUUUGUGGCCUGAUCAACUGCAUCUCACCCUCGUCAACCUGAAACCCAACAAUGAGUAUUCUCUUGUCCUAUUGGCUGAUGGCUUUUCCAGAAACACCAUCCCUGUGAGAACAGAUUUUGAUGAGGUGCCAGCGGUGGCUACAGCGACUCCUCUGCUGCUGCUGGCUGUUACUGUGUUCAUAAUCUCCAUCCUGUCCAGAACUGUGUACAGGUCGUUCUUCUUCCCACCCAUCUCCAGCCCUCAGUGCAGUACGACAGGCCAGUGGUUGAUGGACCCAAAACAGCAGAAGACUGCAGAGAGAAACAUCCUGGAUAUUGAGGACUUCCAGGUGACGGAUGUACUCGGAGAGAAGAGUCCCAUCACGGUCGGACCAAACUCCGAGCCCUCCUCAGAAGAGGACCUACAUGAGAACACCUCUCUGCUGUCGACCAACCACCUCAGCAUCAAACUGUUAGCUCUAGAAAUGGACUAUAUUUCUGAUGCUCCAGUAAUCACAGAGCACCCUCUAGUUUCUCUCCAGUCCUAUCAGGCUGACUGCAGAUUGAACUGCCGACAUUUUGACAGAGUUUUCACAUCUGAGGAGAUCCGAGACGCCGAUGCUGCUCUGUUGCGUCAGACACAUGAAGCCAGACUGGUCGACUUUUCUGAGAGAUCACAUCAGAAAGAAGCUGCUGUGAAAUGUAAUUUUCGUGACUUAAUGGCAAACCGUCACUGUGUUAAUCAGAUGACCUGUGAGGCAGAGUAUGUGGUUAACACUUCCUUUCUGGUGAAAUCUGAUGUGUAAACAGUGAGUGGACACUGUUCUUAUCUGAUAUGUGGGACUGAUCAUACAGCAAACUGUUGCUUAACUGCAAAAACUGCUAAUGAAGACUGAGUCAACUUCAGUGCUGCUUGCUGAGUCAAAGGCACAGGUGGUAUAAUAAGAGAUGAAGGCGACAGACAUGCUAGUGACUCCUUGUGGUUUUAAUGUCAAUUACACAGCAGAACAGAAUAUUCUGACUGUAUCCUUAUUUUUCCAUCCCAUCUCCACAGCCGAAUCUGGUCCGAUCAGCGAGCCAACGUUACAUAGGAUGGCUAGGAAAGUUAACUAAUGUUUAAUCGCAAAUUGGUUGAGCAUUUUGGCGACAGUACAAUCCUACUUUUAGCUAAUUUAACAUUAAUUUAGCUUUUAUAUGCAGUUGAGCCACCUCUAUAAUUGGACAGACUGUCAGGCUUUAUCAGCCUCAGCCAGAAUUGCCAAGUCUUUCCCUAUAAAAGUAGCUAGCACUAUCUCUAAAAGUCACUUAAAUUUGCCAGACGACAUCAUACACUUAUAUUUUUAUAUCUGUGAUGUCAUUGCCCAUAAUUGGCAUAACAGUGUUGGGUGCAGCAGGGAGAGACCCCAUGCUGUAGGCAGAAUAGCUAUGGACUGUGAUUACUCAUUACUCUGAGAAGCAAACAUGGGAAUUAAUUACAAAAUAAUAUAUUUCUCACUUUCCUUAAUGUUUUGUAUAAGUUGCUAAAUUCUUCACCAGUUGCUUUUUAGAGAUGAAGUCGCUAAGAGGGUCUGAGAAGUCCCUGAAUCUAUGGAGAAAUGCGCCAAGUUAGCAACACUGACCUCAGCUGUACCUGUACCUAGGCUCAGGAUGCUAACAAGCUUACGGUUAACAUGUUACCAAAUAUUGGCAGUGUUAACAUAAGUGAUGUUUGGAAGUAACAUUUAGCACUUCAUCACAGUAGCGUAGUAACCUGAUAACAUAACAUUGAAUGCUAGCUUGAUGGCGUAUAUCAAUGAGGCAAAAUUGCAAAACGAUAAAGGCUCUAAAAAACAGCUAGGUAGCAUGUAGAUAGCAUGUUAAAAUGCUAAUAUUUAGUGCGUAAUGUUUAGCAUGUUAUACAUAUAUUAAAAACAGUAAAAUGUUAGACAAAAUUAUGAUAGUGAAUUAGUUAUAUUAAGCAAUUUAAUAUUUCCAGUUGAUUUCAGUUCAUAGACAUUUAUUGCGCAAUUAUCAGAAUCAAUAAUCAGCCAUUUUUUCGUCUUGACCAUGCUAUAGUAAAAUAACAAUACUCAUCCAUCACUGCAAAUAUUAACAAGGGGAAAUCAAGCUUGUUUAAUCAAUUAAUCUUCUUAGCUUAGACUACAUUUAGUAAAUGUAGAAAGACGGCUGACAUUUUAUUCUGAAACCCAUCAGACAAAGCUGAAACUCUGCCCGAAACCUUUAUUUUGUUUGAGAUUGCUGUUAUACUGAUGGAUGGUUGAGCUAAAUUUUAUGUCUAGAUUUGUUUAAAAUUUUGGGUGGGAAUAGUUUAAUGUUGAAGUAUUUCUGUUUUUGUCUAACUGCCAAUAAAAUAUUUCUGCAACAGUGUC